CAUUUUCUUUUAUUGUGUUAUCCUUUCUCUGUUUGUAUUCCUUACGUGUCUCCCUCCUCACUCUUAUAAGAACACGAACACCAUUCUCAUCUUUCUUCAUCACUUGUUUUUCCUUCCCCUCAUUCACUCUUUACUCAUCAGUUAUACAUUAAGCCAAUCUUUGAUAUUAUCAGAAGAUGGCCAAGGAACAAUUGCAGGUUCUGAAUGCACUUGAUGUUGCAAAGACACAAUGGUACCACUUUACUGCCAUUGUGAUCGCCGGGAUGGGUUUCUUCACUGAUGCUUAUGACCUCUUUUGCAUCUCCCUGGUCACCAAGCUACUUGGCCGCUUGUACUAUUACGAUGGCUCUAAUAACCCGGGUUCUCUUCCGUCCAACGUCUCUUCUGCCAUCAAUGGUGUCGCAUUCUGCGGCACCCUCGCCGGCCAACUAUUCUUCGGUUGGCUGGGCGACAAGAUGGGAAGGAAGCGUGUCUACGGAAUGACACUCAUGCUCAUGGUUAUUUGUUCCCUUGCCUCUGGACUCUCCUUUGGAAAAGAGCCUAAAUCUGUUAUGGUCACUCUUUGCUUUUUUAGGUUUUGGCUUGGGUUUGGGAUCGGCGGCGACUAUCCUCUCUCUGCAACCAUUAUGUCUGAGUACGCCAACAAGAAGACACGUGGAGCAUUCAUCGCGGCGGUCUUUGCCAUGCAGGGAUUUGGAAUCCUUGCCGGUGGCAUGGUUGCAAUUAUAGUUUCGUCCAUUUUCAAGGGACUGCACCCUGCUCCGGCGUUUGAGUUCGACCACGUGGGGUCCACAGUUCCGGAAGCCGAUUACGUUUGGAGGAUAAUCUUGAUGUUUGGCGCCCUGCCCGCUCUUGCGACGUACUACUGGAGGAUGAAGAUGCCGGAGACAGCAAGGUACACGGCCUUGGUGGCGAAGAACGCAAAGCAAGCAGCUUCGGACAUGUCCAAGGUUCUUGAGGUUGAGAUUGAAGCAGAGCAAGAGAAGAUUGAGCAGCAAGAAACAGGGGGAGGCAACGAUUUUGGAUUGUUCUCGAGAGAGUUUGUUAAGCGGCAUGGGCUUCACCUUGUUGGAACCGCCACAACUUGGUUCCUUUUGGAUAUUGCUUACUACAGCCAGAAUCUGUUCCAGAAAGAUAUCUUUAGUGCCAUCGGUUGGAUCCCACCGGCUAAGACAAUGAACGCAAUUGAAGAGGUUUACAAGAUUGCGAGAGCACAGACUUUGAUUGCACUGUGCAGCACUGUUCCCGGUUACUGGUUCACGGUGGCACUCAUUGAUAGGGUGGGGAGGUUUGCCAUCCAGUUGAUGGGAUUCUUCUUCAUGACGGUUUUCAUGUUUGCAUUGGCAAUACCUUAUCAUCAUUGGACCUUGAAGGGAAACCAGAUUGGCUUUGUUGUGAUGUACUCACUGACGUUUUUCUUCGCCAACUUUGGACCCAAUGCCACCACUUUUGUGGUCCCUGCCGAGAUCUUCCCUGCUAGGCUUAGAUCAACGUGUCAUGGCAUUUCAGCUGCUGCAGGCAAAGCUGGAGCUAUGGUUGGUGCUUUUGGAUUUAUUUACGCUGAGAAAGGAAUUGGUGUCAGGAACACCCUUAUAAUCUUGGGUGUGGUUAACGUCUGUGGCUUCUUCUUCACAUUCUUAGUUCCUGAAUCUAAAGGAAAAUCACUGGAAGAAAUGUCUGGUGAGGCUGAGGACCAACAAGCUGUGGAUAAUAAUGUUGUUUAAGCUUUAAUUAAUAAUUAUGACUCUUUAUGUACAUGCAUGGUUGAUUAGCAUUUACUAUGUCAUUUUAAUUCAA